AGUUGACAACAUUUCUAAUUUGCAGAUAUUUAUUUGCCCAGAGUAUUUAAGUCGCUUGCAUGCAGUGGUUCAAUUAUUUUAGUGAUCUCUAAAAUAUAAUACCCACGAAUUUCAUUUAAGAAACAUAUAAAUAAAUACGUGAUGGCAUCCACUAAUCCUAAGACAAUGCCACUUAUUGGUCUCGGGACCUGGCUGUCCGACAACGAGGAAGAGUUGGACCGAGCUUUGGAGACGGCACUGGAGCUGGGCUAUCGACAUAUCGACACUGCAUGGAUCUACAAAAAUGAGAAAGUCGUUGGGCGUGUAGUGAAACGGUGGCUGGAUUCUGGCCGAAUAACCAGAAAGGAACUUUUUAUCGUGACAAAGCUUCCAAUUUGCGGAAUACAUCCAGAGAAAGUUGCUCACUUCUUGAACCUCUCCCUUCAGAAUUUAGGCCUUGACUACGUGGACCUCUACCUAAUCCAUGUUCCCUUCGGGUUGGAUUCUUCCGGCGAGAAUGACCCAAUCCCGAUCAGCAACGGAAAGGUCGUGAUCGACUCGAGGACUAAAUUAGAAGCCGUUUGGGCAUCGAUGGAGGCAGUCGUGCGAAAUGGAAAAGCUGCUUCGAUCGGUCUCUCAAAUUGUGACUCGAGCCAAAUUGAGCGCAUCGUCCGUGUGGCGAAAGUUCCUCCGGCCUGUCUUCAGGUCGAAGGUCACGUCUACUUUCAGCAGAAAGAGCUUCGUGCCACUUGUGCCAGACAUGGGAUUUCUGUGUGCGCCUAUUCCCCAUUGGGGUCGCCUGGACGGGGCGAUUUUUACCAGAAUUUUGGACGAACAUUUAAGCCCCUCGGUCUCCUCUCUGAUUCCACCGUUGUCCGAAUUGCGAAAAAACAUGGGAAAAGUCCGGCACAAGUGUGUCUCCGAUUUUUAGUUCAACAGGGAAUUGCAGUCAUACCGAAAAGUGUGAAUGCACAACGCCUCAAAGAAAAUCUUCAAAUUCUGGAUUUUGAGCUGGAUUCCCAAGAUAUGAAAGAUUUGGAAGGGUUGGAUAAGGGUGCGAGUGGGAGAUCGCUCAAGUUUGACUUUCUCCCUGGGAUCGAGGAUCACCCUGCAUUUCCAAAAGAUAUGAAAUAGAAUGGAUGACGUCAAGAAAAGUUGUACAUCACCAUGAAAUUAGUUGAAUGAUUGCAUCUUGUUUCAGACAUGUCAUUAAUAAAUAGUGUACUCUGUAAAGUGUAGUAGAUAACAAAAUGACACAAUAAAUGUGACGAAAUAUAAA